AUGUAUGUAGAAGAAACUGUUGUAACAACGGCAAUUCGAAAAAAAUCGGAUGGUGGAAUAGUAGAUGAUCAAAGAGGUUGUGAUUCGGAAUCUGGGAAUUCUGGUUCGGAGAAUUCUAUAUAUAAGCGUUCAAAACUCAGGUUAAGCCCUUUGUUGUCAUCAGAAUCAGAGGAAGAGUUGCAACCUGAGCCGAUUCAGAAAGUUAAUACCCAGAUUGAAGCUGCUUUGGGAGUUAAUCCGACUAUUGUCCCGGCCCAGAGUGUUCCCUUAGACGCAAAGUUAGUUUCACGAUGGAUUGCUUAUCUUUCCAGUGGUCUGGCAAAGGAUCAAAGAAACCAGCUCUUGGAGAAAUGUAUUGUACCUGAUAAUAUCAAAUGUCUUAGUCCGCCCAAAAUAAACUCAGAAGUGAAACUAUUGAGCUCAGCAGAAGACUUUAAAAGGAACUCUUGUAUGGAACACAUCCAAGUUUGUUUAGGGAAAGUAAUAAGCGCCCUAGGAGCAGACCUUAACAUUGUCAUCAAUCAGUCAACGCAAGAUUUGAAUGGAUGUUUAGGUCCUAUUGCAGAUGCAUCUAAGCUACUCAAUCAUACUCAUUACUUAGUGUCACCUCAUAGAAGACAUGUAUUGGAGCCAAUGCUAAAUUUGGAGAUGAAGAAAACUGUCUGUGAUGGAAAGGUAGAUACCGAACUUUUUCUAGCGGAUUUAUCAGGGCCAUGCAAGGCUAUGCAGGCCUUGAAAAAGGCCAGUAUGGACUUAAGAGCGCUUUCUUUAAACUGGAAGACACAGCCUCCAAGAUGUUAUGUUAAAUUUUGUUUAAAAAUAUCCGAUUUGUUGCUACAUCUCCAUUUAAUUUAA